GAUAGGACGAUAAAGUCAUGCUAGCGAUAUCUACUGUCCCCCCGAAGUAUUUGCUGGUUUAAUUUUCAGUCACAAAAAAAUGUCGACAGUAGCAAAGGUGGGUGCAAGGGUGAGGAAAAAGCCUGUUAUCAAAAUCAUCCAUAAUCCGUUAUACAAAGCGAUUGUUAAACGAGUGAUAAGUGGUACAAUGUGUAAAAAUGAUAUGUUGCAAAAAUUUGGUUGCUGGUGAUAUAGUCUGCUGGUUAUGGUUGGCGGCUGCAUGCUACUAUGUUUUGGUCUGUUUGAAUCUUUGAAAAAUGGAUCGUUCUCUUGCUUUAUUUCAACAUCACUCGGCACUUGCAGCUAUUGUAAAACGGGUUGUGAUAGCAAUAAUGAUUACAUUUCAAGAAGUUUUGUUGAUGAUGCAAGUUAUUCUAAGUUUUCGGAAUUCAAUUGAAGGUGUUUGAGUGCAGAGUUAACAACUAUAUCUUACAAAGAUGUUUGUCUAGGUGUAUGUGCAUAUACUUCACCUGUAAUGUUUGUUUUUAUUUGCACAUUUCUCUUCGAUAGACUGAUUGUUCAGAGCGCAGAUGGCAACAGCUGCACCACCUUUGGGACCUAAUCUGGGUAAAAGGGGCAUUAAUGUGGCGAAUUUUUGCAAAGAUUUCAAUCGAGCAACAAGUAAUAUCAAGCCUGGUACCCCAUUACCGACACGGGUGACAAUAAAACCCGAUCGCACAUAUGACACAGAGAUUUGUACACCGACAUCUAUGUGGUUACUGAUGCGUGCAGCAGGGAUAAGGCGCGGAGCUACACAUCCAUGUGAGGAAAUUUCCGGGAUGAUUACGGUAAAGCAUAUUUACGAGAUAGCUAAAAUAAAAGCUGCUGAUAAAUGCUUAGUUGGUGUCCCAUUAAAACUAAUAUGUGAGCAGCUUAUCAAGACAGCCCAUACAAUUGGACUUAAGGUUGUUCGUAAAGACCUUGACCCGGUGGAAUAUCGUAAAUUUCUGGAAGAACGGAAAUUGGUAGUUGACAAGGAGCUGAAAACGAUAGAAGAAGACAAGGCCGCUAAAGUACUCAGAACGACACCCAGUAGUUCUACUUUAUGAGUUUGAUUUUAUUGUAAUAUUUCUAAAAAAAGUGAUUAAGCUGUCUUAAUUUCAUACAUGUUUUGGAACUGCACUUGAUAAUCAUGGAAGAAAUAAAUUUAAGGCAUUAUUUUAUUAAGGUUCCUGCAGUUUUGCGAUUGAAAUUCCGACUCCCCAGAAUGCGGCCAUGGUGCAAUGGGCAACCUCAUAGUUAAUAGGUGAACAAAUUCCAAGCGAACUUUUUUUUCGACUCAUCUUUUGGGAGCUCAGAAUUAGACUCAGCGAAAUUUAAUGAAGAAAUGCUCCGCAGGAUAUGUUGUGAUAAGCUGUUUUCUUGUAGCAUCUGAAUAAGAUUUAAUGAGAAUUAGGAAAUCGCCCAACUGUUGAUGUGUGGAUACCAUGACCAUCUCGUGCUUAUCCUACCAGAGUUUUUAAUCUUCUGCAAUGUGAUAAGAGAAAUUUAGCUUGAUGUGAUUUACAUAUCCUCUUCGUAAUAUGUAAAACAUGGAAGUCCUCGAAAUAGUUCGCGUUAUUAAUGGAAAUAAAGAAAAGGGCUGUUUUCUAAGAGCAAAUAGUAGCUAAUAGAAUUUUUGUG